AUGUCGCAGUCGAACAUUAAGGACAAACCUAAAAGGUCAAAUGGGAAGUAUAUUUCCCAGAGAGACGAAAAGGUGAAAAUGUCACCGAAACACGUUAAACAAGUGCCAAAGAGGGUUUCAGGGCCCAAGGACAUUAUGACUGAGAAACGGGCUCAGAAAUUUUCACAACAUUCUACACCCUACUCAAAUGGUUUGAUCUCAAAUCCCAGCUCUGACAGGCGAAAGGAUGGAGAUAGAGCCAAGAAGAGGAGUCGUUGCCCGUCCGAGAGUGAGAUGCAAUCAACGAAGUUAGAAGAAAUCCUUGAUGCACAGGCAAAUGCCUAUGCUGGUGCUAAAUUUAGCGACCCACCCUCACCAAAAGUACUGCCGAAACCUCCAUCCCACUGGAUGAACAAUGAAAAUGCUGUACCCAGGUGUGACGAUAUGACAAGUCAUUUGAAGAUGUUACUGAAAGUACCAGUCCAAGCAUAG